AUUGGCUGUGGCCUUGCUUAAUACCGAUUUGCCUGAACCCAUUCGCAGAUAGAGCUCCAUUUGAAUGAGAGUCGACUCAUUUCCGCGCUAUGCAAGUGUAAUUCAAGGGCAAAAUUCAGAUAAAAAAGUGAACAACAAAAUAAAGUAAAGUUAAAGUAUAAAAACAAGUAAAUAAGAGUCCGCGAGCAAUGGCCACCUCAACGCUGCAAUCUCCGUCGCCGUCGCCAUCAACCGCCUCCGUCUCGGCCAAGAAUCCACAGCUGAAGCGCGUUGUCUACUCCAAGUACCGGGAACUACUUGGUUCUUAUAAUGAUAAGGCCAAUGCCAUCAUCGACACUCUGCCCGCAUAUAUGGUUCGUCAGGAUCGCGGAUUUCAGUUCAGUUCGGAUCUCCCCGUGAAUGCCGCGGAUGCCAAUCGGAAUGGCCUGGAAUCGUCGUAUGGACAGCGCGGAGGAGGCGGAUCCGGAAACGGAGGCUACGAGGCGCCCGCAUGCGUGCAGAACGCGAUGAUGACAAAAGACAAGAAGCCCUUCACCUACACGCCCGGCGGCAUCGAUCUCUCCCAGAUCCGCUCGGAGCGGAUGGCCAAGCGGUUGGCGCGCAAUGCCCAAUCGGAAGGAGCCAACGGAGCCGCCCAGCAGAACAGACCCGCCCAGCCACAGUCGCCAGGUGGUGCAGCCAGUGCGAUCGGAGCCGCUGCCAUGGGCAUGCCGUUCCAGGUGCUGCCACCGCCACCACCACCGCCGCAACCACAGUCGGGUAAGAAUGGCACCCAAGGUGCUAGCGCCGCACCCCCACCACCACCCCCACAACAACCCAGCACAUUAGCGCCACCCACUGGCCGUCUGAGUGCACCCGGUUCUCCGGCAACGGCGCGCAAAUCGCCAACUCCACAGCGUUUUGAGCCGCCGCCACUGGGAUUCCGGCCGGAGAUCAAGAUACCGCCCAAUCCCAUGGCUGCGCUCCGCAAGGUGGCGCCGCCCGUGGAGAAGAACACGUUCUGGAAGGACGAGUACAUUAAGGAUCGCUCCAAGAGUCCCCUGCCCGAGGUGGCAACUGGCGCGAAUGGAGGAUUUAGCAGCGCACAGACAUCCGAUGCAGUUGAUGGCCCAAGACCAUCUGCAGCUAGCGUUGAAAGCAGCUAUAGUCCUUACACACCGACGCAGCAAGUGCCGCCCGUGGCCAAGAGUCCACCGGUGCAAUAUCAACAGCCAACGCCGCCGGCAACACCGCCGCAACAGCAGCAGCAGCUGCAGCAGCAACUGCAACAGCCGGAGCAGCAAUCUGCAACACGUUCGGAGUUCCGCAGUGUGCCCAUGCCAACAUCGCCAGCGGUGAACGUCUACACACGUCAGACGGACAGUCCGAGAUCGCCUUUCGAGCCACAGCAGCAGCAGCAACAGCAGCAGCAGCAACAGCAGCAGCAGCCACAGCGAUCCACUGAGAGCCCCUUCCGGUUUGCACAGCAGCAACAGCAACUGCAACAGUCUCCGCAACAACGUCCACCAACAGCGAUUUCGCCGCUGGCUCAGGUGCAGCAGCAACAGCAACAGCAGCUGCAACAGCAGCAGCAACAGCUCCAGCAGCUGCAGCAACAGCAGUUCCAGCAGCAACAACUGCAGCAGCAACAACAGCAGCAACAAUUGCAGCAGCAGCAGCAACAAUUGCAGCAGCAGCAACAGCAGCAACAAUUGCAGCAGCAACAGGCAGCUCAAUCAGUACCAUGGCGCACUCAACGCGCUCAGCCUGGAGCACAACAGCAACAGGAGUCGCAUCCACAACCCAUCUACAACAAUGUUCAGCAGCAACAAAGAUCUCGCGAUGUCUUCAGUCCGGCAAGGAAUGAAACACCGGCAGCAAACACGUUCAAUUUACAGCAGCAACAGCAGAACUUUGGCACUCAGCAAAACCAAUUUGGCGGAGCAGCAAAGCCGACCAACGUUGGAUCGCUUUACAUAGCUCCAUUGGCCCAGCCCACUGAACCGCAGGCCCAACGAAUCCUUUUGCAACAGCAGCAGCAGUCAUCUGCUCGGGAUUCUCCGAUGCGCCAACUUCCACAGCAGCAGCAGCCACAGAACAACCAACCCAUGCGUUGGCUCAGCUCACAGCCGGCUAGCAAGGAGCAGGCUCCAUGGGCUCGUCCCGAGGAGAAUGGCAACGUGCUGCCCUCCACCUUGCGUCAGACCACCCCGGCACCGCAGCCCCAAGUCGUACCUCAAUCGCAGCCACAGCAGCAGACGUCCUUCUACCAGCCGCAGUUGGUCCAAGGUAAUGGCUAUGGACCAACGCCGAUUACUGCCGCUCCCAUCAGUCUGCAGAACUUCGGAUCAAAUCCACAGCCUGGAGGACUGCGUUUGCAGAUCAACUUAAACACCAAUGGCAACAGCAGCAAUAACACAAAUCAAAGUGCUCCGCGGGAGCGUAUCAUACCGAUAACUCUUGAGCAGACGCCCACGUAUGCCGCAGCCCAGCCCAACUUUGGUGCGCCUGCAGGUCACAUAAUACGCUCAGCUAAUCAAUUUGUCGAUCAAGGUUACCAGAACUACCCACCUCAAGCCCAGCGAGUCCUGUCGCCCAGUCAGCCAUUAAGUGCGAGUAACAACACCAAUGGGAAUGCGAAUGCCACCCGGCUAAUCCCGAUAGCCAUCGAGGGAGGACGCGGUGGUCCAGUUUCCCAGUCGCCAGUGCUGCUGCAAAAUGGCAAUUACAAUUUAUAUGUGCACCAGUGUCCGCUCGAGGCGGAGAUCCUCUACAGAAAGAAUCGUCUCAGCGAUCCACGCUCACCGCCCAUCCAAUCAAAAUCGUUUAGAAUUUUGCAAAAGAUAACCGACACCGUGGACGACGGCAGCGGGAAUGGCGAUUUGCGGCAGGAUCUGCAGCAGACGCCCCAGGAGGCGGAGCUGCAGCGGCCGCAGUUCGCCCGCCAGAUGAGCGCCCAGCAGGCCAGGAAUAGUCCAACCAUCGAGCAGAUGCGACGCCUGCAAAUCGGACAGGAUCAGCCGAAUAACAAUCAGCAGUCGGGUACGCCACUUACUUGGUCCCCGCAAGGUAACGGCGUGUCAGCUCAAAAUCGAUUUACGCAACAACGAUAUGAUACCCCCCAACAACAACAACAGCAAUAUGUGCCGCCAAGUGAACAGCAAGCUCCGGAACCCAAAAAAUACACAGGCAGCGCUAUACCCAGUCGAUCAUUCAAAAUUCUACAGGCAAUGACAACACCUGAAAAUGCCGACCAUAAAAUUCACACCGAGCUGGACUCGGAUUUGGAAAAUGUUGAACUGAACGAAUCCCCAAACAAUAAUAAUAAUAAUAACAGUAACAACGGAAGUACUGAAAAUAAUAAUAAUCAUAAUAAGAUUAACAGUAAAACCAAUAAACGUCAUAGCUACACAUCAUCCACAUACACAACCACACCCUCAUCAUCAUCCUGCACAGAACCCACCACACAUUCAUCAAACUCAUCUCUUAGUUCGGAUAGCUCUUGUCCCCCACAGCCACCCCGAUCGCAAUCGGUUCCACCCCAGUAUCCCUAUGCCUUCGGGUAUCCGUAUCCGUGGUACAUGCCUCCACCUCCACCAGUCAAUGGUGAGGGAGCUCCAUGGCCAUAUCCCUAUUCAUAUCCACCGCCACCCCCACCACAAUCGAUGGAUGGCAAGCAGGCAGAAGGAUUUCCACCAUAUCCCUAUUACUACCCAUAUUAUCCGCCUCCCAUGCCGCCCUAUGGACAACAACCUGGGGAAGUUCAAAUGCCCCCCGGCUAUCCUCAGUUUCAUGCCAUGCCACCCUAUGGUCACCCGUAUCCCUACCCAGUGGCUCCCAGUUACAGCCAGAGUUCCACAGAAGAGAGCAGAGCCAGCAGUGUUCUACCGGAUAUAAUCAUCACUCCCAGUACCGAUGAUAUACCCUCGCAGGUCAUUAUGAAGCAUCACAUCCGAGUGGAGCCACGAGAGCCACCAAAACGGGCGCACUCUGUGGAGAUAGAGGAGGUGGUCAGCAAACCGAAGGCCCGAAAUAUUUGCACCAACAAUCACGAGGUCAUCGAUGUGCUGAGCCAACGUCUGGCCAAUAUCAACAAAAUUGCCAGUGGGAACACCCAGGCCAAUCUCUCCAAGCAGCUGCAGAAGAACUAUGCAGGUGAGCAAGCCAAGGAGCUGGGCGAAAGAUCCCCCAGCGAAAAUGCCUCCAACUCGGAUAGCCAGUCGGAGGAAGAGAGCAGUGAUGACGAAGAGGAUACCCCUAAGCUGGGAGCUCGUCCCGCUCCCUUGCAGUCCAUUAAGUCAGUGACAAAUGUGCAGGUGUACAAAGGUAAAACACUGGAACAGCAUUUGGACUCCGAGAGCAGCGAUGAUGAAGAAGAUGUGACUACUGCGGAUGAAAUGUACGAUGAGGAGGAACAGAUCGAGGAGGAGCAAGAGGGAUUGGUCGAGGAAAUGGAAGACGAUUACAUCGUGGAGGAGGACCUAAGCGUUAUAUACGAGGAAGAGAGCGAACUGGAACGCAGCAGUGAAUAUGCCAAGACAGUAAUUCGAAAGGAUGACUCCCGAUCCACUUUAGUUGAUGAUAUUGAAAAGGAAAUCGAAGAUAAUGAUGAUGAUGACGACGAGGAUGAUGAGUCCAACUCGGUAACAGUACGUUUGCCACUUCGCUUCUCCUUCAGUCGCAGCUCUAACGAUGAAAACAUUGCCACUGUAGAAGUCGGUAAGACAACACAGAUCGAAGAAAAACAACCCAACAUUGUAAGCUCGUUCAGUGUGGCCAAGGUCGAAAGUGAUGAUGAGGAUGAUGACUGUGAAGUCAGUGUGACCAUCAGUUUGUCAAACUCUUCGCGCUCAAAUUCAGUGGAGAAGGUUGCUCAACCCUAUCGGCCCUCCAAUGCAUAUCCAGUGGAGGAUAUAAGUACACCCAUCAAAACUAGUGAAGAAGACGUCUCCACCUCGUUCUCACUGGGUAUGCGCAACAAAUUUAUGGGAGAAACAACUGCCAAUGAUGUAACUAAUAAUAUAUCCCGGGAUCAAGCGAAACCAAAGAACGAUGUUACGGAAGUUGAUAGCUCCCCGAAAGAAGAAUUCGACUUCUUUGCCACUUUGAUGGCCACCAAAAUGCAGGCUCAGAAAAUGAUGGAGCAGUCUAAGAACUUUUGGAAAACUCCUGACUCUAAGCUAGUAGAAACGGAAGCUGAGAAACCAAAACUUCGACCCAAGGAGAAUAUUCCUGAGGCAAAACCACCAAGACCCAUUUCUGGUGAUAUGUCCAAGACUCCGGCUUCGCUGGAGGCAGCCAAGAAUAGCUUCUGGUCCACCUUUGCUACGACAUCAAAGGAAACCGAGCCCAAAGAGCAAGAAGAUGCAGCUGAGGAAGUCGACUUCUGGGCAAGCAUAGAAAAAAAGGAUACCUCUGAUAAGGAAGAAAAACAGUGGACCAAGAAAAAGAAGACCGUAACCUAUACCCCUUUGCAAAAAGAGGCAGUGACUAGGGUGGAGCACUGGACAACAACAUUUAGGGCUCAAUUGGAAUCGUUACCAAUGCCCCAAAAAGCCGAGGUGCAUUUUGUAGUUGAGGAAAAGCAAAAAGAAAUUGAACAACCGCAAGAGGAGACUCAGGGAGAAGAAACGGAUUUCUGGGGAUUAGUAAAUCAAGAUAAGAUGGAAAACACAGUCAGUGCAACCUGGGAACGUAAAGAAUACAAUUCAGAACCUCCUCAGAGAGUGACAGAACAACCCAAGCAACCAGAUGAGGACGUUGACUUCUGGGCCAACAUUGAAACAUCUGGUACUUACGAAGAUGAAGAAAAGCCCAAUGACAUCACCUAUGAACCCACAAAGUAUCCUGCAGAGCCCCGCGAGGUGGAUACUGAUGAGGAGAUUGACUUCUGGGCCGAGAUCGAAGCCAGACGCAACCCAGCAGAAGAUGACGACGAAGAUGUCACUUUCCAUAGGUCAGCAACUUUCUGGGCUCGCAAAGAACGACAAAAUUCUAUAGAGGAAACCCCUUACAAACCGGUGGAAAUCAAAGCCUUCAGAGCAAAGUUACCCGAUGAAGCAGCGGUAGAAAUUGAUGUAUGGGCAACCCUAGAAGCAGCCAGAGGCCACGAGCCCGAAAUUGUUGAUCCCGCGGUGGAAGAGGAAAAGGUUCUUGCCGAGCAAUUCGAGGAACUUGAACACGAGAGCUCAGAGGAGGAGGAGGACGAUACGGAGGAAGAAAAGGAGCUGGAGCAGAAACCUCGGGAAGAAGUCCAGGAAAGCAAUCUUAGCCAUAUGGACACCAUGUCCCUGGCCUCGAUGCAUGAGCCAGCUACAGUUUAUACAUGGGCCCAACCACCACAGGAAGCUGAUGAUAAUGAGGAUGAAACCGAUUUCUGGGCGGACAUGGAAAAGGAACGAUCCAAAAAAGAACAGUUCGAGGAAGCUGAACAGAAACGGCACAACUACCGACAGGCCAUGGCCUUCUUCAACACCUCGAUCGAUGGUCAGCAGUCGCCUCCGCAAAAAAAUGCCAGUCCCAAUCGCAGCAGUGUUAUCCUGGAAGUCGAAGAGCCACAAGAAGUGGACCUGGGACCACCCGGUGAGUACCAGUUAGUAGGCGAGGAUGGCGUCAUCGUAGAGGAACAUAAGCCAGCGAUAACCGAAUCCGAGGAAGAGGAGCGAGGUGCUGCAACUCCAACCAAUAUGGAGCCCCAACUACCAGAGGUCUAUGUGGAGCCCGAGCCGGAAGUGAAGCGCCUUGUUAACGGACUUCCUGAUCUUGCCGUGGAGAAGUUUAGCGAAACACCCAAGAUAUCGGUGCGUGACAGGAUCAGUGCCUUUGAGGUUAUUCCGUCGGCAACAAGCGAUGGCACUAAGGGAUUACCAAAGCAAUCCCUAUCAGUGGAUAGUGCCUAUGGUAAGGGAACCCUCUCGCGAAACAGCAGCACUCAGCGUUCCGAAUCGGAGAUCGAGGAGGACGACUCCGGUGUAACAGACAUGAAUCGUCAUCUGUCUGAGACGGACACAGAGUCCGAGAGUUUUCCGGAGCUGCGCAAGAUGACCAGCUACCAGCGGGCAGCCACACAUUCCAGGCUCUUUAAGCUGUUGCAGGACGAAAAUGAUGUUCCAGAAGCGGGAGUUCAAACCGCCGAUGAAUUUCAGCUUAAGCCCAGUCGCAGGAAGAUUGUCCACAAUGUGUCCAUUACCAGGCGCCAAAAUCCAGGAGCUCUGAAUGACGCGGAGACCAUGACGCAGCGCAGAGAACGACUUUCGCUGCCGCUUCGUAAGAAUACGAGCAUUGAUGCGGACAAUCCCUCGACGCCAAAUAGUCCUGCCUCCCCCAUUAUGGGGCCGUCGACCAAGAACCAACGCGUGGUUAGCGAUAAGUUGGUAAAUGAAUUGGUCCAGAGCCUGCUCCUCAAGAGCGACAGUUCGCAUUUGAGAAAUCUGCCCAUGGAACGCCUUCAGGCGGCCGCCAAACAAGCCCUCGUGGAGGAGAUGGACUCGGCACAGGAGAACAGUUCGCUGGACAGCACGCCGGCUCCCACGCCCAAGCAUGAUAAGGAGUAUUCCGACUACUACAACAGCUGGUGCGAGGCCAGUGGCAGUGGCGACGAUGUGUUGCCCUCCAAAAGCUUCCGUGCUCUGCAAGAUCCACGACGCAGUCCUUGGACGGUGCGGUGUCCGCGAGUUCUCAGCUCCAAGACGAUAAACCGGGACUUAGCCCGGGUUACAGAGUCACCGGAAAUAGCCAAUGGACGGGGCAGCAAAAGUCCCGAAUGCUUUCGUCAGAACUCACACUCUCAGUCUCGGGAACGAUCCGUAAGCAGUUGGCGAAGAGUUUAAGAUACGGCAACGAAUUGCCAUUUGUAUAUAACAGGGCGGGUCUAUAGUCUUUAGCAGGGAUGUGGGACCGGCUCAAAUGGGAAAUUGAAUCUCUGGAAGAGAUUCAAGAAUCGAACGAAAUAUAAAGCGAACUUAAAUCGAAGCAGGAGAUGUUUUUUAGUAACUCAUUUCCUAUUUCUGGUUACAUAUUCCAGUAUCUAGGAAGUUGGUCUGGAAGCUAAUCUACAGAGCCGGAUUUCACUCCCGAACUUCUCGUAAACUAAGAAACUUCUGCAUUUGGCCGAAAGAGACACUGCCUCUGGGAAUGUGUGAUAUAAAAGAGCCAGCUUUGCAUUUCUCAUCUCACUAUCAUCGAACUACUCAUCCACAUUGUACAUUUUGAAUAUCGAAUACACACAACACAUUAAUAAACUAAAUCUAAUUAAACAUGUAAAUAAACCAAUUGAAACCAAUGAAAGGAAAUCGUUCAUUCGUUCGUUCGUUUGUUACCUCAGUAAAGCGCAAUACCAAAAACCAACCAAAAUCAUUUUCUAAACAUACAUGAGUAUUUUAAAAUUUGUAAGCCGUAACUCAUGAAAUCGAACCAAAUAACAACCAGCAUAUAUAAAACUGAAAAAAAUGAAAUUCUAUCAAGCGCCACAAUAAACAACAAUAUAAAAACCAAAUUCAUCUCAACUCAAUGAUUUUGUAAAACUCGUUCAAAAUCCUAA